CUUACCUUCGCCGCGGAAUACGUCUUGAAUGGCGCUUCGAGAUGUCAGUCGAUGAUGGUAUCGCGAAGCUAAACUCCUCAUCCGAGUCCGACCGAGUGGCUGCCUUGCUACGGCUGAUGAGCUGGGUUUCGUCCGACCCGGUUCAACAUAAUACCUAGAAGAUAUAUCAAGUACAAUUCGGAAGUACUACCCUUCCGAUAGUCCUAUCUCGAAGGGAGUCCUUCAGAAGGCAAUAUACCAGAUGACCUGCGAAGUUCCGUGUCUGGACGUCACGAGAUGUCGUCAGAAUGGAAUACGGGCAAUAUUCGGUCAGUACACUCGAGCAGAGAAAGCAGGCACCCAGGAGGAAGAAAUGUCGUCUCAAACAUGUGUGGGUCUUAUCAAUGCAGAAUCAUUUGACCAAGCUCGCUCGUCUGGCGCAGAGUUGUUGACUAUCGGACUACAGUCCCAGCCCGGAACGCCAGUCUACGAGGCAAUCCGGGUUCCUGGAACAUCUCCACCAGAAUACCGGAUCAUAGGCGAUUGGGUCCCUCUCCGUGACGACCUCAGAGUCACCGAGUAGGAGCCAUCAUGGUUCAUGACAAGGACGAGCAUGAUGCUUACAUAGUGUGAGGGAGAGCGUCCCGUGGCGAUGGAGGACAGGAUCACAAUCGGACUGUGCAGAGGGGGUCUUCUUGAGUAAGCCUGGAGUCUGGAUGGAUCAUACUGAUAGAUUUGACAAAUGUUCC